AUUGCAGACGACGAUCUGUAGUUUUAGACGAGCUGUAGCUCUAUCUACUUUCAAAAUGCCUGGGAAGAAAAUCUGCAUCGUUGGAUCUGGAAACUGGGGCUCCUCGAUUGCCAAAAUCAUCGGGCACAAUGUCAAAGCAUCCAACCGGUUCGACCCAAUAGUGAACAUGUGGGUUUACGAAGAAAUGAUUGACGGGAAGAAGCUAACUGAGAUCAUCAAUACAGAACAUGAGAAUGUCAAGUAUCUCCCAGGUCACAAGCUGCCCAGGAAUGUGGUGGCCAUCCCAGAGAUCACAGAGUCUGUGAAGGGUGCAAAGAUCCUUGUGUUUGUAAUCCCGCACCAGUUCAUCAACAAACUCUGUGACCAGAUUAAGCCUCACAUCACAGAAGGAACCAUCGGGAUAUCACUCAUCAAAGGCAUUGAUGAAGGACCUGAGGGAUUGAAGCUCAUCUCAGACGUCAUCCGAGAGAAACUAGAGAUCGAGGUCAGCGUCCUGAUGGGGGCCAAUAUCGCCAGCGAGGUGGCAGACGAGAAAUUCUGUGAAACCACUAUCGGGUCAACAAAUGAGGCAAACGGCCUUAUCUUCAAAGAGAUGCUUCAGACUCCCAACUUCCGUAUCACCGUGGUACAGGAGAGUGAUAUAGUGGAGCUGUGUGGAGCUCUGAAGAACAUUGUGGCAGUAGGGGCUGGAUUCUGUGACGGCCUUGGUUUUGGGGACAACACCAAGGCAGCAGUGAUCAGGCUUGGUCUGAUGGAAAUGGUCGCCUUCGCUAGGCUGUUCUGCAAAGGCCAAGUGAGCUCUGGCACCUUCCUGGAAAGCUGCGGUGUGGCCGACCUCAUCACCACCUGCUACGGUGGUCGAAACCGCAAAGUUGCAGAAGCCUUCGCCAAAACAUCCAAGUCUAUCGUUGAGCUGGAGGCAGAAAUGCUUAACGGUCAGAAGCUGCAGGGUCCACAGACCUCAGCAGAGGUCUACAAGAUUCUUCAAAAGAGGGACAUGGUCAGCAAGUUUCCAUUGUUCGCAGCAGUCUACCAGAUCUGCUUUGAGGGCAAAGAGGUGAAAGAGUUCAUCACCUGUCUGCAAAACCAUCCAGAGCAUAUGUGAUGUGACCCGUCUGCAAACAUGUUCACUACCACUAGAGGCUGACAGAGAUUCAUGACAUGCAUACGCACAAUACAACAACUAUAACCAAGAGCACUUUCAUGAAAGAUGAUUUUUUUUUUACUGGGAAAAUUUCUUAAUAGAACCCUUUUUAUUCUAAGCUUUAAAAGCAAAUAUUUCUUGAUUCCGCUCUUAUGUUUUGUCAAAUGUACUGUGUUAAUAAUUUGGCUCUUUAUAUGGUUUCUGUGCUAAAAAGUCAGGAUAUCAAUAAAAUGGUAGCUAUAAAAAUGUAUCUAUAUUUCAACUGUGGCAAAUAUUGAAAUAUAGUUCUCUUUCUAAGCCACUCCACUCCACUUUUAUUAUUGCCAAAAAUUUGCUAUAAUGUUUAUGAGGGAACACAAACAUAACACUGUUGUCUGACUUACCUUUUACUACAUGACUGUGUUUUCAAUCUCAAAAUUAAAACUAGGGAUGUGUUUUUUUACCUUCAUGUGGAGCUGUGUCCUCAAUAAAAAUCAAUUC